AUGACCACGCACCUGAGCAGCGCUGCCUGCGCCCCUUCCCCGCGCCGGGCUGCUGCUGUCCCGGGGCCGUGGCUGCGCAGGCGGUGAGGCUGAAGCUCGUAUGGAGCUGUGAUCUUUGAUGGAGCAGAUGGUGUGGUGCUGCCCGACGUUCCCAGUCACACCAUUAGAAGCUGGGAGGCCCAGAAUUGUAUUCCAGCUGGCACCGUCCAACAAGGUCUGCACUCUGGAGGGGAAAACAGUCUCUCUCUCAAGUAUGCAAGAGGAGAGCUGACAACUGUGGAGUUUUUGCAGGAAUUGGGACAGCGGUGCUUUGAGAUUGCAAGUAUCUGUGUUCCAGUGAACUCUUUCCUCACCGACUUAAUCAGAAGUGAGAUGAUAAAACAGCUUCCCAUAAUGGCAGAAGCAAUACAGUGUAUCCAUGCAAAUGGUCUUAAGAUAGCUCUUCUAAGCAACAGCUUCCAGCAGCCAAAUGGAGAGAGCUUUCUGCUGGACCAAAAGCAUUUUGAUGUGAUAGCUGAAGCUUAUUGGGAAGGAAAGUGCAAGCCAGAUCCUCGCAUCUACAAGCUGUGCUUGGAGCGCUUGGAUGUUCAGCAUCAGGAAUCCAUCUUCCUCGACAGCAGCAGCCAGAACCUGAAAGCAGCAGCUCAGCUUGGUAUUAAAACAGUGAAGGUUGAUGAUCUUGAAGUAGCAUUCAAAGAGCUGGAAACCUAUCUAGGUUUUCCUUUGAAAGGGUUUGUUCCAUAUACUCGUUCUAUGAGACCAACCAUGGACAUUCCAAAAGACAGUCUGCAAAAGUACCUUGAAAACGUUUUCAGUGACCAGGCAACAGGUCCGCUGACGCUGUGGCAGUUUGGCUGUGGACAGUCUGCCCAGACCUAUUUUGUCAAGUUUGGAGAUCGUUUGGUGCUGAAGAAGGAACUCCUUGACAGCCUGCUUCCUUCAGGUCCUGCUGUUGGAAGGGAAUACGGAAACCUCUUUGUGCCUGUUCUUUUCCCUGAGAGUCUCCAUUCCUUUGUUACCGGUAAUUACAUCCAGCAGCAAGUUGAUACCUGGACAAAGCAGUAUCGAGCUAUGGAACACGUUAUUCCAGCCAUGGAGAGACUCACUGAGUGGCUGCCUUUGCAUUUUUCUGAAUCUCAGAAGACAACAGUUGUGCAUGGCAAUUUCAGGCUGGACGACCUAAUCUUUCACCCAAAGAGGCCAGAAGUCCUUGCAGUCCUUGGCUGGAAGUUUUCAAUUCUAGGAAAUCCCAUCUCCAAUUUGGCAAAUAACUGUAUGGCUUAUGACUACUUCUUGCCACCUCAGUUCGACCCAAUGAAAGGCUUGGCAAAAUAUGAUUUGAGGCCUGGAGUCCCUGCAGCAGAGAGGUAUUGCCAGAAGUACUGUGGCCGCAUGGAGGAGCUCCCUGAGAACCUGAAUUUCUACGUGGCCUCUGCUUUCUUCAGACUGGCUGCAAUGCUGCAGGGACUCCUCAAACACUCUCUGACGGGGAGGCCAGCCUGAGGUAAAAGCUGUCUGGAGCAUGCAGAGUUUGUGGCUGAUCUGGCUUGGAAUUUUGCCAUAACAGAAGGAUCCCGUGUGUUUGACAGCCUCUCCAUUGCAAAGCCUUUUGCACAACAUUACAGUACCUGGGCCAGGCAAGGCUGCAGCAGGAGCCACAGUACCUGGACACGUCCGAUCACUUCCUUCAGCAGCCUCUUGGGGGUGGCCCAAGGUCUUUACUGCAAGCUGGCAAGGAUCUUGGAUGUCCAGUGGAGCUUUCUGAUUUCCCAGCCCAGAUGCACUCCACAUCCUGUUCUGGAAAAGGUCUCUGGAGCAGAACAUCUCAGCAGUGUGUCCUCCAGCUCAGCACUCCACUCAGACCUGAGCCCUACAUCUGGCUGAAGUUCCCACAUGGUUCACAGGACAAUGUUCUCCAAACUGGAGCUGAGCCACUGCACUGGGAGCCUUGGAACAUGUAACUAAAACCACCCCUCUGGCAUGGAGAAGGUUGUGCUAUCUGCAGCCUUGAAGCUUGAGAAUUUCAGUGGUAUUUACUGUUAUCUGGGCUCAGUGCCUUUAUUGCCAGAUUCAAUACAGGGCAAAAUCCCUCCCUGGAUCAUGAUGCUGCAGACAAUCAGCAGCCUUGCAGUGGGGAGCACUGAUUAGCAACAGCCAGGCUGGGGUUGCAAGUCUUGGUUUUGGGAGUAUAGGAAGCAGAGUGGAGCUUCUCUCCUUAGCACAACACCUCCAGCAAUCUGAGGGUGCCAGAACUCCAACAUUGAGAGGAAAUGAAUCACUGGCUUCAGAGCAGAUCAUGGAGCUGAGGUCCAUGGAACUGGGAGGACUCCCUGACCGUAUGACUGCAGUGGAUUUCUCUGGGUUUCUUUAGGGAUCUGGGAUGAUGUAAACCAGAUUAGUGGAGGCUUUCAGUGCUUCACAAAGAUCAGCAGCAGGGAAAAGACUGUGGGCUUGAUCAUAGUAAUUCCUGAGCUUUUUAUAAGUACACUGGUAUUAAUUUAAUAUUAAAGUGAUGGAUAUACUUCUUUGAAUUCA